AUGGCUUCCUCCACGAAACCUCGCUCCGGGCCGUCGGGAACGAAGCGGUUGGCACCGGACAGCGAUCGCCCCAUCUCCCCCCCGCCGAUUAAACGCAAGACACAAACUGCCAUUUCGAAGUCCGCCGUCGCGAAUUUCUUCACCCCAGCCUCCCAAAAACCAAAAGACCGCACGAUAUGGAGCGAACGAGCACCUGACGAGGACUCACCGACUACACUGCUCGUCGCGAAAUACACGCCAGAGGGCGCGCCUGGAUCGGCUGGCACUCCUGCUCCACCACGCAAGAUUGCGGCAUUCGAUCUUGAUUCAACCCUGAUCACAAGCGCUUCGGGCAAGAAGUUCUCUGAUGGCGCAGCGGACUGGAAGUGGUGGCACCAUUCGAUCCCUGGGCGACUAAAACAGCUCUGUAACGAUGAUGGGUACCAGGUUAUCAUUUUCACAAACCAAGCCGGCUUGACGCUGCAUCCAGACCCGAAGUCGAAAGGACCAAAGAACGCCAAGAACCGCGUUCCCGAGUUCAAACAAAAGUGUGGCGCGAUCCUCGGCCAACUUGACCUUCCGAUUACAUUGUAUGCUGCCACGGCCAAGGACAUUUAUCGCAAGCCGCGGCCCGGGAUGUGGGCCGAGAUGAAGGACGACUACGAUUUAGCCGAGUCCGAUAUCGAUCUCCAAAACAGUAUAUUUGUUGGGGACGCAGGGGGCAGGAUGGGAGAAUUGAAAGGGCCUAAGGUUUCUGGGAAAGACUUCAGCUGUUCUGAUCGGAACCUGGCACACAACAUUGGGAUCCCGUACCAGACGCCCGAGGAGUUCUUCUUGGGCGAGAGCCCUCGCGACUUUUCUCGCGAUUUCGACCUGGACAAGUUUCCGUUUGUGGAAGAGGGUCCAAACGGUGACACAAAGGUGGAAAAGACUAACGAAAAGGAGAUUAUCCUCUUCGUUGGCUCUCCAGGAUCCGGCAAGAGCACGUUCUAUUGGAAGUACCUGAAGCCUCUUGGUUAUGAGAGGGUAAACCAGGACCUCCUCAAGACUAAGGACAAGUGCUUCAAAGUAGCAGCCGGGCUUGUCGAUGAGGGCGAAUCUGUCGUCGUGGACAACACCAACGCCGAUAUCGACACCCGCGCACAAUGGGUGGCCCUUGCGCGGAAGCACAAGGUGCCGAUUCGAUGCCUCUGGUUCCGGACGCCCCCGCAGCUGUGCGAGCAUAAUGCCGCGGUGCGGUUCUUGAAUAAGACGCUCAAUCCCGAAGCUCGGGACGCCCUUCCGAAGAUCGCCUUCACUGGGUUCGCCUCGCGGUUCAAGGAACCCAAGCUCGAGGAGGGAUUCCAAGACAUUAUCCCCGUGGACUUCAAAUUCCGAGGAACAAAGGAAGAAUAUGGCGUCUGGGGUCGAUACUGGGUGUAG